AAAUAAAUCAUAUGAUUCAAUUUUGUAUUGUUAUAAAUGAAAAAAAAAUUGAUAUGAAAACUUUUUUCUUGCUCUUAACUAAUUAAUCAAAUUAAUAUUUCCGUAUUGCAUAAUGGAGCAGGAAAAAUUUCUAAAUAUUACCGUCAAAACAGAUAUUUAUAAUGGAAUAACAAUCGAUUUACAUUAUAUACCGGAUGAAAUUCGAUCCGAACUAACGGUAGAUUCAUUUGAUACUAUUAUUAAAGAUGCAUUGAAACUUUGGAUUGAAAAUGGCCGUAGAUGUAUCUGGUUUAAGGUACCCAGUAGACUUUCACAUUUGAUAUCGGUACUCAUUAAGCAUGGUUUUGAAUUUCAUCAUGCUAAAUCAAAUUUCGUAAUGCUUGUCAAAUGGAUACCAAAUGAAGAAACUCGAAUACCGAAAUUCGCUCAUACUACCAUCGGUGUAGGUGGAUUGGUAUAUGAUCCAGUUAUAAAAAAAGUUUUACUGAUACAGGAAAAAAAUUCUCGGGUAAAAAUGUGGAAAUUUCCUGGUGGUUAUUCAGAAUCCGGUGAAGAUAUUGGCGAUACUGCAAUUCGUGAAGUGAAAGAAGAAACUGGAAUCGAAUGUACAUUAAAAUCGAUCAUUUCUUUUCGACACAAUCACACUGGUAUAUUUGGCUGUUCGGAUUUUUAUUUCGUUUGCCUAUUGGUACCAGCUAAACAAUCAAAAAUCGAAACCUGUCAAAUUGAAAUCGAUGAUUGUCAAUGGUUUCCAUUGGAUGAAGCUCGACAACAUCUUUGUGGAUUUAAUCUAUAUGUUUUUGAAGAAUUUCUUAGACAAUAUUCUUUUAUUGAUUAUUGUAAUGAAUUUAAAGAUAGUUCUGGUAUGACAAUUAAAACAGAAAUUAUUCAUUCACAAUAUGGACCAUUUAAACGUGAUGAACGUGUUUAUUCCGUUCGAAAAAGUGAACAAUAAAUGAAUUUAGAAUUGGUUUUCUCAUUGAUUACAAAAAUAUUUUUUCAAGUGCAAUAAAAAAAAACAUUGUUUUAAAACAAACCCAAUUUUA